AUGACGACAACGACCACUCAAGUAUUUAUUGAAAUAUCAUCCGAUGACGAUGUUUUUGACACUUCCGCUUCUAAUAUUAAAAAAAGUGACGAGAGACAAAUAAAAGCAUACAAAUCAGUGGCAGAAAAAAAUAAAUGGCACAAUGCUGACGGAAGUCUAUUGCCAGUUAGUGCGGAAAACCUUUGCAAAUUUAUCUCUUUAAAAUCACACACGAAUUCAUUACAAAGUAUUCGCUGGUAUAUCUAUGGCAUUGCUAAGUAUCAGGAAGAAGCUGGGAUAAGCGGUGGAAAUGAUCUUAAAAAACAUCCCGACGUUAAACGACUUUUACAAAAAAUAACUCAAGAAUAUAAAAUCAAACAAAAAGAAUUGGGAAUUGAUCCAAAGAAGAUUAAAAAAGAAAGGCAAAAAUCAAAAAUUCAAACAAAACUGUCAUUUAAUCCAAUAAAUGGUUUAUCUUCUUCACCGUCAACUUCUUUUCUCGUUAAUCAUCAACAAAAUCAACAACAAUUGUCCUCUCCUACUACGUCAACAAAAAAGAAACAACGUUCUAAACAAUUAUUGAAAAGUAUCAAUGCGAUUGAUUCAUUAAGCACAAUGACCGAAUUAAAUCCUCAAAUUAUAAUUGAGAAUAAUGAGCUUGAAUUACAACAGCUAAAUGAUCACACGAAUAAAAGACUUGAUCUUUCUAAAGAGGAGUUUCCGUCACGUGCACUUCUAAUGUAUUUAGAAUGUUGGACUGGUAAGCACACACUAUUCAAUAAUCUAUACGCUCAAUCUCUUAUAGUAAUCAAUGUUAUUGUAGAAACGGAUGAGGAAGAAUUUCUUAAAUAUGAAAGGGAAAAUACAAAGCAUCCUCUAUUGUUAUCUCAAUUUCAUGGCAUUUGGUUGCGUAGAAUUAGUGAUUGUCUCGAGGACGAAAAUUUUCUUAAUCAAAUGUCCCUUCAAGUCGAUACAGAUCAAAAUACACUAAAGCGUCCACCGCUGAUGAACAGUUCAAUUCAAAGAUCAGAAAAUGGAAUUCCCACUUUAUCGAAAAAAUCGAUCAAAAAACGUCGACGAAGAAAUUCCGAUACGAAUAAUUCUGAACAAUUGUCUCUCAAAAAGCAAAAGCAGAAGCGACAAUCACGUGCUAAUCCUCUUCAACAUCCACCGAAUGGUGCAAGCGAACUCAAUAAACCAGGCCUAUUGUUAGGCUCGAAUCAAGCUUCGCUUGAUUUUUUGCAUUCAAAUUACAAUAACUUAUGUGCCGGACACCCUAAAGGAUGCUUGAAUAUAGGUGACAAUCAACAUUUGCCCGUCUCUGAUGAAAUUAUCCAAUAUUGGAAAUCGAAUUCGGCUUCUGAUCAAACCCGUGAACUGCAAGAAAGAUCGGAGGCGAUUGCUU